CGCGCAGGCCGUACGAGACGUGCACGUCCCGGCGUCGGGGUCUGGGGGGACUGCGAUUCAUGCUCUGCCGCGGCCGCCCUCUUCAGACGCCGGAGGGGCAGACGGAAGAGGUGCGUGCCCGGCGGAAGCCAUGUUUGUGGCACGCAGCAUCGCAGCGGACCAUAAGGAUCUCAUCCAUGAUGUCUCCUUCGAUUUCCAUGGGCGGCGGAUGGCGACCUGCUCCAGCGACCAGAGCGUCAAGGUCUGGGAUAAAAGUGAAAAUGGAGAUUGGCAUUGUACUGCUAGCUGGAAGACGCAUAGUGGAUCUGUGUGGCGUGUGACUUGGGCCCAUCCUGAAUUUGGACAGGUUUUGGCUUCCUGUUCUUUUGACCGAACAGCUGCUGUAUGGGAAGAAAUAGUAGGAGAAUCAAAUGAUAAACUGCGAGGGCAGAGUCAUUGGGUUAAGAGGACAACUCUAGUGGAUAGCAGAACAUCUGUUACUGAUGUGAAAUUUGCUCCUAAGCACAUGGGUCUUAUGUUAGCAACCUGUUCAGCAGAUGGUAUAGUAAGAAUAUAUGAGGCACCAGAUGUCAUGAAUCUCAGCCAGUGGUCUCUGCAACAUGAGAUCUCAUGUAAACUAAGCUGUAGUUGUAUUUCUUGGAAUCCUUCCAGCUCUCGUGCUCAUUCCCCCAUGAUUGCUGUAGGAAGUGAUGACAGUAGUCCAAGUGCAAUGGCCAAGGUUCAGAUUUUCGAAUAUAAUGAGAACACCAGGAAAUAUGCAAAAGCUGAAACGCUCAUGACAGUUACAGAUGCUGUUCAUGAUAUUGCAUUUGCUCCAAACCUGGGAAGGUCUUACCAUAUUCUAGCCAUAGCAACCAAAGAUGUGAGAAUUUUUACAUUAAAGCCUGUGAGGAAAGAACUUACUUCCUCUGGUGGGCCAACAAAAUUUGAAAUCCAUAUAGUGGCUCAGUUUGAUAAUCAUAAUUCUCAGGUCUGGCGAGUGAGUUGGAAUAUAACAGGAACAGUGCUAGCAUCUUCAGGUGAUGAUGGCUGUGUAAGAUUGUGGAAAGCUAAUUAUAUGGACAACUGGAAGUGUACUGGUAUUUUGAAAGGUAAUGGGAGCCCUGUCAAUGGGAGUUCUCAACAGGGAAACUCAAAUCCUUCCCUAGGUUCAAAUAUCCCAAAUCUUCAAAAUUCAUUAAAUGGAUCUUCUUCUGGCAGAAAGCACAGCUGAGUACCAGCUAACUGGAGUAACUUUGCUGUUUUGCUGCUUGUUGCAUGCACACAGGAAUGGAAAGCGAGCUCCUUUUCCCCUUCCCCAGCGCCAUUUGACCUCUCCCAAGAUACACCAGCAGCCUGCUUACUACUGGCAAUCCAAAGGCCUUUAAAAAUAGUUGUAUAUCAUUUUUUUUGUACUAGCCAGUCGAUUGAUACUAUUUGAAACUUUUGAAAAUGGAGAGGCUUUUUGUUGCGAGUUGUCACCAAAACAAUUUUUUGAAAUUGUUAGUUCCUGAAACUAACAUGGGUUUUAAAAUUAAAAGGAUUGUUAACAUCCUUAUAUGUAGUUGGGAGGAGGGAAAAUUCCACUUUAUUCCAUUUGGAGAAUAUAGGCUUAUUUCUUUUGUUUUCUAAAACAGUAAGCUAAAAUGAGGAAUUUCUUAUUUUUAUUUGAAGAUUAAAUAUUUUUCAUAAAGAUUGUUUUGAGUGCUAAUUUGUUUACUUUGUAGAAUUGGUUUAUACAUGAAAUUAUUCAGUACAAUUCUGUCAUUUCUUUGUAACAUUUAAAAAAUAUUCGUAAACGAGUGAGUUAAGUAGUAGUAAAAUCAAAGUAAAUUGUACAGUUUGUAGUCAAAUUAAACAUUUAGUAUUGCUUCAUUUAUAAUUUGGUAGUAAAAUGAAAACACCUUUGUAAAUUUUCAAUUUAUAUUCACUAAAGAGAUUAACGUUUCUAAAAUGUGCUCGUAUAUUUUUAUGGUGUGAUUCUAUGGCUAAAGGUUUCCUUCAGGUCAAAAUUUGGAAAUACACUAUAAGAGAAGCAGUUAAAAUUUUGCUGAAAUUGUGCAUGUACAUUAACUCCCACGUUCAUGUCCCAGGAUUUUAACUUAGUUGGCUGUUUCAUUUAGUUUAUAUCCUAUAGAGCUCUGACCUUGAUGACAAAGCUAUAAAUCUUUGUUCGCUAGAAUGUGCAAGUAUUACGGGUAAGUUAUAAAAUGGCAGAAUAACAAUAGGACAUAUUCUUUGAGCCCUUUUAUUAGGUUGGUGCAAAAGUCAUUGUGGUUUAAAAGGUUAAAAAUAAUUGCAAAAACUGCAAUUACUUUUGCUCCAACCCUAAUAGUUAUCAAAAUUUGGUACUAUUCUAAGGUUUUUGCAGAAAAACAGCUAAGAAUAUUCAAAGAUUGUAUUUCUUCAAAAGUAUGUUGCAAUAGCUGACCAUACUAUGUGAAAAUAUAUUUGAAUUGGUUCUCAGUAAUAUCUUUGCACUAAAACAAUGUGUGCCUGCUGCUACCACAAGUGAAACAUUGCUUAAAAUAAAGAAAAAGCUUACUGGAUUUGUAAAUUUAUGGGAUAGCAUCAGAUGUUUCUGAGAGGUUAGAAAAUGUUUUAAAUUACAAAAUUAAUGUCUUUUGUAACAUUCAUACUAAUUUAAAAAUAUUUUAAGUUUAACAGAUUGUAUUUUUUUCUUUCAAGUUUCUAUACUUGCUUAAGCAGGCUUGAUUUGAAUAAGGGCCUUGAUUUUUGCUAUUAUGUUCUGUUAGUUUUGGCAUGAAUAUACUAAAGCUCCCUCCCUCUCCCCCAGCACGUGUUUCCUCCUCUUUGGUUCUCUUUGUAUUUACUACUUUUCUCUUUUUCUUCUGUUUUUUUCUUUUUUUUUUUUUUAAUGUUUUUGUUUUGUUUUGGUGUUUUGUUCCUGUCUCACUGUUUCAGGUAUUUCUUUCCCCCUCUGGAUUCCCCACGGGCUGGAUCGAGAUGGUCCAGUUAUACCCAGCUCCUUCCUUCUCCUCCUCCUCCUCUUCCUCCUCCUCUGGUAGAGCACUCUUGCGAUGCUGACACUGCCAACCUCCAGUAUC